AUGGUGCAACGGUGCGCUGGUGGGCUCAACCACUUCCAUCGAAAUCAACCGACACUGGAUGGAGCAGCACAAGCGACUCCUGAAGGCCAGGGUUCAAAAUAUCUGAACGGAGUUCGGAUUCUUGCCAAGAAUGUAGAUAAGGCGAGCCCCACGGGCCCACCAGCAAUGGUGCUUUCAAGGAGUUUGGAUGCUGACCUUCAAUUUUCCGGUAACCACUAG